ACACUUUGAUUGUAACUUCGCGCGAAUUCGGUUACGUUCUGUAACCAAGCUUGUAUUCUGGCACGAUCUCGGUAUCCUUUCGAUGCCACGAGAUCGCCAGCGAAUACAUCUCGAUUUGGUCCAUUAAUUGCCUUCUGGUAUUUGGCUUCUCGGGGAUUUUAUGGAGUCAUUUGGAACGAGCUUCUUACGCCUUCUGAUCUAUUUGGCACGUGUUUCUUGGUAGCGGUGUUCAUAGUUAAUCUCAACUCGACGCCACGCUACAAUUGGUGACCCGUAUUUUGGAACACGCCUCUGCUUCUGGUCAAAUCUUCCAAAGAAGCCAAUUCGGUGAGUCUAUGAUUUAUCUAUCCACGUCUGUCGUAUAUUUUCAUAUUUAAUAUAUAAUAUACUCGACAUGACGGAUAACGAUAAGAAUAGUAUUAAUAUAAUAGACUCACAUGUAUGUGUACCGAAUCCUUGUUACUUUUUAUUCGCGUGACGAUGAAUUCCACGCUUUAUUCGAGAAAUUUUCCCCUAUUAUUUAUUCUCCUCGCUGACCCGGCUGCUUGGUACGGAAUGCGUUCGCAUAAGCAUUAACGUCUACCUCCCAGCAUCAAAUGGUUAAGUUGAACGGUUUCACUGCCAACUUAAAAGUGCUCUACGAGCACACGAGAACGACAACUGGUACGAAACCUUAUCGCUCGUCCUCCAAGGUAUUCAAACGAGCCUGAUGGCAGAUAUACAAUGUUCCGCCGCUGAAAUGGUAUACGGAACGCCAUUGCGUCUGCCCGGAGAAUUCUUCACACCACGGAGCAGACCUAAUUUCGGUAAAUCAGACAACGUCCGUCGACUGUCUGUAUUUAUGUGAACGCUGUCUCCGGUGUCAACUCGAAUACAACAUCGACAGGUCGCUCUCUCUCGAGAGUUAUCUACCUGUUCACAUGUUUUUGUACGAGUAGAUUCGGUACGCAAACCUUGGCAACAACCUUACGAAGGCCCUUUUCACGUGAUCGCUCGUCACGAAAAGACCUUCAAGGUUGAUCGAUAUGGACGCGUCGAGAUCGUCAGCGUUGAUCGUCUCAAACCAGCACACGUCGAUGACAGUGCCCUAUCUGGUAACCUGAGAUUCAAUGCUAGACCUAUUAAACCUAGCGGGAUCCUUAAAUCUUCUUCAGGUCCCACGCUAGAUACUUCUGAGACCUCAUUCUCGCGUCCCGGUCAACAGCACGCGUCAUCUGCACCGUCUACGGACGAGACGAUAGUUUCACGUCCAGAUCAGCAGACCACGCCGCCUCUGACCUCGGAUGAGAUUGCAGACUCACGCGAUACGAACGAGACUGCCGUCUCACGUUCCGGUCGCCGAGUACGGUUGCCCGUACGCUUCCGCGAAUAGUCGCACAGUCAACAACCGAUACGGUGUAGGAUUAUUCCUAUACUACACGUAUGCUACACUCUUCUUUUUUGAUUUUCUUUUUGUUUCCUGAGCCCACGCCUUCGACCAUCUCCGUUUGGUUCCGUCGACUUCAGUCAACUUUGGCGAAAGCUGGAUUGGCCACCCACGCUCUUGUCAACGUACUCAGUCGAUAUAUUAGUUUCGAAUGCUUGGCAUACGCUUGGUCUCGAACUUGGUCGUUACGGUCGCUUCUGGUCUUUUGGCUCAACGUGGUUUCGUCCUACGUCUGCAGCGUUUCUGGUGCGCACCUCUACGAACGCCCUCUUCAGAUUCUGGAUACAAACCAUUCUGGUGUAGCAUGCCAACUCGAGCAAUAAAUACAACACAUCGCUCCUGGUACUGUUCUCCGAAAACGACCUUCGUUGGCAACUCGACGAUCAACGAUCGCUUUCCUGUUCGCCAAUUCUUCCGUCCUACAAUCGCUCGUCAGCCGAUCAGUCCCACGAUUCAAACCGCUAUUUAUCGAAAGUGUAAACCCUUUCUAGCGGGGGCUCCUGUAGUGACUCACGUUUAUCACGAGAACACGACUGGUUUAAUAAAAACAAUUAUUAUUAUAACCAACUGUACCAGUGUUUGUUUUAAUGUGCUUUUGUUUGACUGUGCUAAUGACAGCUAUUUUGUGCUUCGUUUCCUUUACUUACACUUUGAUUGUAACUUCGCGCGAAUUCGGUUACGUUCUGUAACCAAGCUUGUAUUCUGGCACGAUCUCGGUAUCCUUUCGAUGCCACGAGAUCGCCAGCGAAUACAUCUCGAUUUGGUCCAUUAAUUGCCUUCUGGUAUUUGGCUUCUCGGGGAUUUUAUGGAGUCAUUUGGAACGAGCUUCUUACGCCUUCUGAUCUAUUUGGCACGUGUUUCUUGGUAGCGGUGUUCAUAGUUAAUCUCAACUCGACGCCACGCUACAAUUGGUGACCCGUAUUUUGGAACACGCCUCUGCUUCUGGUCAAAUCUUCCAAAGAAGCCAAUUCGGUGAGUCUAUGAUUUAUCUAUCCACGUCUGUCGUAUAUUUUCAUAUUUAAUAUAUAAUAUACUCGACAUGACGGAUAACGAUAAGAAUAGUAUUAAUAUAAUAGACUCACAUGUAUGUGUACCGAAUCCUUGUUACUUUUUAUUCGCGUGACGAUGAAUUCCACGCUUUAUUCGAGAAAUUUUCCCCUAUUAUUUAUUCUCCUCGCUGACCCGGCUGCUUGGUACGGAAUGCGUUCGCAUAAGCAUUAACGUCUACCUCCCAGCAUCAAAUGGUUAAGUUGAACGGUUUCACUGCCAACUUAAAAGUGCUCUACGAGCACACGAGAACGACAACUGGUACGAAACCUUAUCGCUCGUCCUCCAAGGUAUUCAAACGAGCCUGAUGGCAGAUAUACAAUGUUCCGCCGCUGAAAUGGUAUACGGAACGCCAUUGCGUCUGCCCGGAGAAUUCUUCACACCACGGAGCAGACCUAAUUUCGGUAAAUCAGACAACGUCCGUCGACUGUCUGUAUUUAUGUGAACGCUGUCUCCGGUGUCAACUCGAAUACAACAUCGACAGGUCGCUCUCUCUCGAGAGUUAUCUACCUGUUCACAUGUUUUUGUACGAGUAGAUUCGGUACGCAAACCUUGGCAACAACCUUACGAAGGCCCUUUUCACGUGAUCGCUCGUCACGAAAAGACCUUCAAGGUUGAUCGAUAUGGACGCGUCGAGAUCGUCAGCGUUGAUCGUCUCAAACCAGCACACGUCGAUGACAGUGCCCUAUCUGGUAACCUGAGAUUCAAUGCUAGACCUAUUAAACCUAGCGGGAUCCUUAAAUCUUCUUCAGGUCCCACGCUAGAUACUUCUGAGACCUCAUUCUCGCGUCCCGGUCAACAGCACGCGUCAUCUGCACCGUCUACGGACGAGACGAUAGUUUCACGUCCAGAUCAGCAGACCACGCCGCCUCUGACCUCGGAUGAGAUUGCAGACUCACGCGAUACGAACGAGACUGCCGUCUCACGUUCCGGUCGCCGAGUACGGUUGCCCGUACGCUUCCGCGAAUAGUCGCACAGUCAACAACCGAUACGGUGUAGGAUUAUUCCUAUACUACACGUAUGCUACACUCUUCUUUUUUUGAUUUUCUUUUUGUUUCCUGAGCCCACGCCUUCGACCAUCUCCGUUUGGUUCCGUCGACUUCAGUCAACUUUGGCGAAAGCUGGAUUGGCCACCCACGCUCUUGUCAACGUACUCAGUCGAUAUAUUAGUUUCGAAUGCUUGGCAUACGCUUGGUCUCGAACUUGGUCGUUACGGUCGCUUCUGGUCUUUUGGCUCAACGUGGUUUCGUCCUACGUCUGCAGCGUUUCUGGUGCGCACCUCUACGAACGCCCUCUUCAGAUUCUGGAUACAAACCAUUCUGGUGUAGCAUGCCAACUCGAGCAAUAAAUACAACACAUCGCUCCUGGUACUGUUCUCCGAAAACGACCUUCGUUGGCAACUCGACGAUCAACGAUCGCUUUCCUGUUCGCCAAUUCUUCCGUCCUACAAUCGCUCGUCAGCCGAUCAGUCCCACGAUUCAAACCGCUAUUUAUCGAAAGUGUAAACCCUUUCUAGCGGGGGCUCCUGUAGUGACUCACGUUUAUCACGAGAACACGACUGGUUUAAUAAAAACAAUUAUUAUUAUAACCAACUGUACCAGUGUUUGUUUUAAUGUGCUUUUGUUUGACUGUGCUAAUGACAGCUAUUUUGUGCUUCGUUUCCUUUACUUACACUUUGAUUGUAACUUCGCGCGAAUUCGGUUACGUUCUGUAACCAAGCUUGUAUUCUGGCACGAUCUCGGUAUCCUUUCGAUGCCACGAGAUCGCCAGCGAAUACAUCUCGAUUUGGUCCAUUAAUUGCCUUCUGGUAUUUGGCUUCUCGGGGAUUUUAUGGAGUCAUUUGGAACGAGCUUCUUACGCCUUCUGAUCUAUUUGGCACGUGUUUCUUGGUAGCGGUGUUCAUAGUUAAUCUCAACUCGACGCCACGCUACAAUUGGUGACCCGUAUUUUGGAACACGCCUCUGCUUCUGGUCAAAUCUUCCAAAGAAGCCAAUUCGGUGAGUCUAUGAUUUAUCUAUCCACGUCUGUCGUAUAUUUUCAUAUUUAAUAUAUAAUAUACUCGACAUGACGGAUAACGAUAAGAAUAGUAUUAAUAUAAUAGACUCACAUGUAUGUGUACCGAAUCCUUGUUACUUUUUUAUUCGCGUGACGAUGAAUUCCACGCUUUAUUCGAGAAAUUUUCCCCUAUUAUUUAUUCUCCUCGCUGACCCGGCUGCUUGGUACGGAAUGCGUUCGCAUAAGCAUUAACGUCUACCUCCCAGCAUCAAAUGGUUAAGUUGAACGGUUUCACUGCCAACUUAAAAGUGCUCUACGAGCACACGAGAACGACAACUGGUACGAAACCUUAUCGCUCGUCCUCCAAGGUAUUCAAACGAGCCUGAUGGCAGAUAUACAAUGUUCCGCCGCUGAAAUGGUAUACGGAACGCCAUUGCGUCUGCCCGGAGAAUUCUUCACACCACGGAGCAGACCUAAUUUCGGUAAAUCAGACAACGUCCGUCGACUGUCUGUAUUUAUGUGAACGCUGUCUCCGGUGUCAACUCGAAUACAACAUCGACAGGUCGCUCUCUCUCGAGAGUUAUCUACCUGUUCACAUGUUUUUGUACGAGUAGAUUCGGUACGCAAACCUUGGCAACAACCUUACGAAGGCCCUUUUCACGUGAUCGCUCGUCACGAAAAGACCUUCAAGGUUGAUCGAUAUGGACGCGUCGAGAUCGUCAGCGUUGAUCGUCUCAAACCAGCACACGUCGAUGACAGUGCCCUAUCUGGUAACCUGAGAUUCAAUGCUAGACCUAUUAAACCUAGCGGGAUCCUUAAAUCUUCUUCAGGUCCCACGCUAGAUACUUCUGAGACCUCAUUCUCGCGUCCCGGUCAACAGCACGCGUCAUCUGCACCGUCUACGGACGAGACGAUAGUUUCACGUCCAGAUCAGCAGACCACGCCGCCUCUGACCUCGGAUGAGAUUGCAGACUCACGCGAUACGAACGAGACUGCCGUCUCACGUUCCGGUCGCCGAGUACGGUUGCCCGUACGCUUCCGCGAAUAGUCGCACAGUCAACAACCGAUACGGUGUAGGAUUAUUCCUAUACUACACGUAUGCUACACUCUUCUUUUUUGAUUUUCUUUUUGUUUCCUGAGCCCACGCCUUCGACCAUCUCCGUUUGGUUCCGUCGACUUCAGUCAACUUUGGCGAAAGCUGGAUUGGCCACCCACGCUCUUGUCAACGUACUCAGUCGAUAUAUUAGUUUCGAAUGCUUGGCAUACGCUUGGUCUCGAACUUGGUCGUUACGGUCGCUUCUGGUCUUUUGGCUCAACGUGGUUUCGUCCUACGUCUGCAGCGUUUCUGGUGCGCACCUCUACGAACGCCCUCUUCAGAUUCUGGAUACAAACCAUUCUGGUGUAGCAUGCCAACUCGAGCAAUAAAUACAACACAUCGCUCCUGGUACUGUUCUCCGAAAACGACCUUCGUUGGCAACUCGACGAUCAACGAUCGCUUUCCUGUUCGCCAAUUCUUCCGUCCUACAAUCGCUCGUCAGCCGAUCAGUCCCACGAUUCAAACCGCUAUUUAUCGAAAGUGUAAACCCUUUCUAGCGGGGGCUCCUGUAGUGACUCACGUUUAUCACGAGAACACGACUGGUUUAAUAAAAACAAUUAUUAUUAUAACCAACUGUACCAGUGUUUGUUUUAAUGUGCUUUUGUUUGACUGUGCUAAUGACAGCUAUUUUGUGCUUCGUUUCCUUUACUUACACUUUGAUUGUAACUUCGCGCGAAUUCGGUUACGUUCUGUAACCAAGCUUGUAUUCUGGCACGAUCUCGGUAUCCUUUCGAUGCCACGAGAUCGCCAGCGAAUACAUCUCGAUUUGGUCCAUUAAUUGCCUUCUGGUAUUUGGCUUCUCGGGGAUUUUAUGGAGUCAUUUGGAACGAGCUUCUUACGCCUUCUGAUCUAUUUGGCACGUGUUUCUUGGUAGCGGUGUUCAUAGUUAAUCUCAACUCGACGCCACGCUACAAUUGGUGACCCGUAUUUUGGAACACGCCUCUGCUUCUGGUCAAAUCUUCCAAAGAAGCCAAUUCGGUGAGUCUAUGAUUUAUCUAUCCACGUCUGUCGUAUAUUUUCAUAUUUAAUAUAUAAUAUACUCGACAUGACGGAUAACGAUAAGAAUAGUAUUAAUAUAAUAGACUCACAUGUAUGUGUACCGAAUCCUUGUUACUUUUUAUUCGCGUGACGAUGAAUUCCACGCUUUAUUCGAGAAAUUUUCCCCUAUUAUUUAUUCUCCUCGCUGACCCGGCUGCUUGGUACGGAAUGCGUUCGCAUAAGCAUUAACGUCUACCUCCCAGCAUCAAAUGGUUAAGUUGAACGGUUUCACUGCCAACUUAAAAAGUGCUCUACGAGCACACGAGAACGACAACUGGUACGAAACCUUAUCGCUCGUCCUCCAAGGUAUUCAAACGAGCCUGAUGGCAGAUAUACAAUGUUCCGCCGCUGAAAUGGUAUACGGAACGCCAUUGCGUCUGCCCGGAGAAUUCUUCACACCACGGAGCAGACCUAAUUUCGGUAAAUCAGACAACGUCCGUCGACUGUCUGUAUUUAUGUGAACGCUGUCUCCGGUGUCAACUCGAAUACAACAUCGACAGGUCGCUCUCUCUCGAGAGUUAUCUACCUGUUCACAUGUUUUUGUACGAGUAGAUUCGGUACGCAAACCUUGGCAACAACCUUACGAAGGCCCUUUUCACGUGAUCGCUCGUCACGAAAAGACCUUCAAGGUUGAUCGAUAUGGACGCGUCGAGAUCGUCAGCGUUGAUCGUCUCAAACCAGCACACGUCGAUGACAGUGCCCUAUCUGGUAACCUGAGAUUCAAUGCUAGACCUAUUAAACCUAGCGGGAUCCUUAAAUCUUCUUCAGGUCCCACGCUAGAUACUUCUGAGACCUCAUUCUCGCGUCCCGGUCAACAGCACGCGUCAUCUGCACCGUCUACGGACGAGACGAUAGUUUCACGUCCAGAUCAGCAGACCACGCCGCCUCUGACCUCGGAUGAGAUUGCAGACUCACGCGAUACGAACGAGACUGCCGUCUCACGUUCCGGUCGCCGAGUACGGUUGCCCGUACGCUUCCGCGAAUAGUCGCACAGUCAACAACCGAUACGGUGUAGGAUUAUUCCUAUACUACACGUAUGCUACACUCUUCUUUUUUGAUUUUCUUUUUGUUUCCUGAGCCCACGCCUUCGACCAUCUCCGUUUGGUUCCGUCGACUUCAGUCAACUUUGGCGAAAGCUGGAUUGGCCACCCACGCUCUUGUCAACGUACUCAGUCGAUAUAUUAGUUUCGAAUGCUUGGCAUACGCUUGGUCUCGAACUUGGUCGUUACGGUCGCUUCUGGUCUUUUGGCUCAACGUGGUUUCGUCCUACGUCUGCAGCGUUUCUGGUGCGCACCUCUACGAACGCCCUCUUCAGAUUCUGGAUACAAACCAUUCUGGUGUAGCAUGCCAACUCGAGCAAUAAAUACAACACAUCGCUCCUGGUACUGUUCUCCGAAAACGACCUUCGUUGGCAACUCGACGAUCAACGAUCGCUUUCCUGUUCGCCAAUUCUUCCGUCCUACAAUCGCUCGUCAGCCGAUCAGUCCCACGAUUCAAACCGCUAUUUAUCGAAAGUGUAAACCCUUUCUAGCGGGGGCUCCUGUAGUGACUCACGUUUAUCACGAGAACACGACUGGUUUAAUAAAAACAAUUAUUAUUAUAACCAACUGUACCAGUGUUUGUUUUAAUGUGCUUUUGUUUGACUGUGCUAAUGACAGCUAUUUUGUGCUUCGUUUCCUUUACUUACACUUUGAUUGUAACUUCGCGCGAAUUCGGUUACGUUCUGUAACCAAGCUUGUAUUCUGGCACGAUCUCGGUAUCCUUUCGAUGCCACGAGAUCGCCAGCGAAUACAUCUCGAUUUGGUCCAUUAAUUGCCUUCUGGUAUUUGGCUUCUCGGGGAUUUUAUGGAGUCAUUUGGAACGAGCUUCUUACGCCUUCUGAUCUAUUUGGCACGUGUUUCUUGGUAGCGGUGUUCAUAGUUAAUCUCAACUCGACGCCACGCUACAAUUGGUGACCCGUAUUUUGGAACACGCCUCUGCUUCUGGUCAAAUCUUCCAAAGAAGCCAAUUCGGUGAGUCUAUGAUUUAUCUAUCCACGUCUGUCGUAUAUUUUCAUAUUUAAUAUAUAAUAUACUCGACAUGACGGAUAACGAUAAGAAUAGUAUUAAUAUAAUAGACUCACAUGUAUGUGUACCGAAUCCUUGUUACUUUUUAUUCGCGUGACGAUGAAUUCCACGCUUUAUUCGAGAAAUUUUCCCCUAUUAUUUAUUCUCCUCGCUGACCCGGCUGCUUGGUACGGAAUGCGUUCGCAUAAGCAUUAACGUCUACCUCCCAGCAUCAAAUGGUUAAGUUGAACGGUUUCACUGCCAACUUAAAAGUGCUCUACGAGCACACGAGAACGACAACUGGUACGAAACCUUAUCGCUCGUCCUCCAAGGUAUUCAAACGAGCCUGAUGGCAGAUAUACAAUGUUCCGCCGCUGAAAUGGUAUACGGAACGCCAUUGCGUCUGCCCGGAGAAUUCUUCACACCACGGAGCAGACCUAAUUUCGGUAAAUCAGACAACGUCCGUCGACUGUCUGUAUUUAUGUGAACGCUGUCUCCGGUGUCAACUCGAAUACAACAUCGACAGGUCGCUCUCUCUCGAGAGUUAUCUACCUGUUCACAUGUUUUUGUACGAGUAGAUUCGGUACGCAAACCUUGGCAACAACCUUACGAAGGCCCUUUUCACGUGAUCGCUCGUCACGAAAAGACCUUCAAGGUUGAUCGAUAUGGACGCGUCGAGAUCGUCAGCGUUGAUCGUCUCAAACCAGCACACGUCGAUGACAGUGCCCUAUCUGGUAACCUGAGAUUCAAUGCUAGACCUAUUAAACCUAGCGGGAUCCUUAAAUCUUCUUCAGGUCCCACGCUAGAUACUUCUGAGACCUCAUUCUCGCGUCCCGGUCAACAGCACGCGUCAUCUGCACCGUCUACGGACGAGACGAUAGUUUCACGUCCAGAUCAGCAGACCACGCCGCCUCUGACCUCGGAUGAGAUUGCAGACUCACGCGAUACGAACGAGACUGCCGUCUCACGUUCCGGUCGCCGAGUACGGUUGCCCGUACGCUUCCGCGAAUAGUCGCACAGUCAACAACCGAUACGGUGUAGGAUUAUUCCUAUACUACACGUAUGCUACACUCUUCUUUUUUGAUUUUCUUUUUGUUUCCUGAGCCCACGCCUUCGACCAUCUCCGUUUGGUUCCGUCGACUUCAGUCAACUUUGGCGAAAGCUGGAUUGGCCACCCACGCUCUUGUCAACGUACUCAGUCGAUAUAUUAGUUUCGAAUGCUUGGCAUACGCUUGGUCUCGAACUUGGUCGUUACGGUCGCUUCUGGUCUUUUGGCUCAACGUGGUUUCGUCCUACGUCUGCAGCGUUUCUGGUGCGCACCUCUACGAACGCCCUCUUCAGAUUCUGGAUACAAACCAUUCUGGUGUAGCAUGCCAACUCGAGCAAUAAAUACAACACAUCGCUCCUGGUACUGUUCUCCGAAAACGACCUUCGUUGGCAACUCGACGAUCAACGAUCGCUUUCCUGUUCGCCAAUUCUUCCGUCCUACAAUCGCUCGUCAGCCGAUCAGUCCCACGAUUCAAACCGCUAUUUAUCGAAAGUGUAAACCCUUUCUAGCGGGGGCUCCUGUAGUGACUCACGUUUAUCACGAGAACACGACUGGUUUAAUAAAAACAAUUAUUAUUAUAACCAACUGUACCAGUGUUUGUUUUAAUGUGCUUUUGUUUGACUGUGCUAAUGACAGCUAUUUUGUGCUUCGUUUCCUUUACUUACACUUUGAUUGUAACUUCGCGCGAAUUCGGUUACGUUCUGUAACCAAGCUUGUAUUCUGGCACGAUCUCGGUAUCCUUUCGAUGCCACGAGAUCGCCAGCGAAUACAUCUCGAUUUGGUCCAUUAAUUGCCUUCUGGUAUUUGGCUUCUCGGGGAUUUUAUGGAGUCAUUUGGAACGAGCUUCUUACGCCUUCUGAUCUAUUUGGCACGUGUUUCUUGGUAGCGGUGUUCAUAGUUAAUCUCAACUCGACGCCACGCUACAAUUGGUGACCCGUAUUUUGGAACACGCCUCUGCUUCUGGUCAAAUCUUCCAAAGAAGCCAAUUCGGUGAGUCUAUGAUUUAUCUAUCCACGUCUGUCGUAUAUUUUCAUAUUUAAUAUAUAAUAUACUCGACAUGACGGAUAACGAUAAGAAUAGUAUUAAUAUAAUAGACUCACAUGUAUGUGUACCGAAUCCUUGUUACGUUUUUAUUCGCGUGACGAUGAAUUCCACGCUUUAUUCGAGAAAUUUUCCCCUAUUAUUUAUUCUCCUCGCUGACCCGGCUGCUUGGUACGGAAUGCGUUCGCAUAAGCAUUAACGUCUACCUCCCAGCAUCAAAUGGUUAAGUUGAACGGUUUCACUGCCAACUUAAAAGUGCUCUACGAGCACACGAGAACGACAACUGGUACGAAACCUUAUCGCUCGUCCUCCAAGGUAUUCAAACGAGCCUGAUGGCAGAUAUACAAUGUUCCGCCGCUGAAAUGGUAUACGGAACGCCAUUGCGUCUGCCCGGAGAAUUCUUCACACCACGGAGCAGACCUAAUUUCGGUAAAUCAGACAACGUCCGUCGACUGUCUGUAUUUAUGUGAACGCUGUCUCCGGUGUCAACUCGAAUACAACAUCGACAGGUCGCUCUCUCUCGAGAGUUAUCUACCUGUUCACAUGUUUUUGUACGAGUAGAUUCGGUACGCAAACCUUGGCAACAACCUUACGAAGGCCCUUUUCACGUGAUCGCUCGUCACGAAAAGACCUUCAAGGUUGAUCGAUAUGGACGCGUCGAGAUCGUCAGCGUUGAUCGUCUCAAACCAGCACACGUCGAUGACAGUGCCCUAUCUGGUAACCUGAGAUUCAAUGCUAGACCUAUUAAACCUAGCGGGAUCCUUAAAUCUUCUUCAGGUCCCACGCUAGAUACUUCUGAGACCUCAUUCUCGCGUCCCGGUCAACAGCACGCGUCAUCUGCACCGUCUACGGACGAGACGAUAGUUUCACGUCCAGAUCAGCAGACCACGCCGCCUCUGACCUCGGAUGAGAUUGCAGACUCACGCGAUACGAACGAGACUGCCGUCUCACGUUCCGGUCGCCGAGUACGGUUGCCCGUACGCUUCCGCGAAUAGUCGCACAGUCAACAACCGAUACGGUGUAGGAUUAUUCCUAUACUACACGUAUGCUACACUCUUCUUUUUUGAUUUUCUUUUUGUUUCCUGAGCCCACGCCUUCGACCAUCUCCGUUUGGUUCCGUCGACUUCAGUCAACUUUGGCGAAAGCUGGAUUGGCCACCCACGCUCUUGUCAACGUACUCAGUCGAUAUAUUAGUUUCGAAUGCUUGGCAUACGCUUGGUCUCGAACUUGGUCGUUACGGUCGCUUCUGGUCUUUUGGCUCAACGUGGUUUCGUCCUACGUCUGCAGCGUUUCUGGUGCGCACCUCUACGAACGCCCUCUUCAGAUUCUGGAUACAAACCAUUCUGGUGUAGCAUGCCAACUCGAGCAAUAAAUACAACACAUCGCUCCUGGUACUGUUCUCCGAAAACGAUCUUCGUUGGCAACUCGACGAUCAACGAUCGCUUUCCUGUUCGCCAAUUCUUCCGUCCUACAAUCGCUCGUCAGCCGAUCAGUCCCACGAUUCAAACCGCUAUUUAUCGAAAGUGUAAACCCUUUCUAGCGGGGGCUCCUGUAGUGACUCACGUUUAUCACGAGAACACGACUGGUUUAAUAAAAACAAUUAUUAUUAUAACCAACUGUACCAGUGUUUGUUUUAAUGUGCUUUUGUUUGACUGUGCUAAUGACAGCUAUUUUGUGCUUCGUUUCCUUUACUUACACUUUGAUUGUAACUUCGCGCGAAUUCGGUUACGUUCUGUAACCAAGCUUGUAUUCUGGCACGAUCUCGGUAUCCUUUCGAUGCCACGAGAUCGCCAGCGAAUACAUCUCGAUUUGGUCCA